AUGGCUUCACUGAGUCCAUGUUCAUUCUGCUCUAAAUGCGGAUUUUGUUUAGAAAACGAGUUCAAGUUUUGUCCCAAAUGUGGUGUAAAAGUAAGAACAUAUCCUAGUGGCCGUUGUGAAACAACUACGACACCGUUUUCUCUUCCCAACUUUCAUACAUUCAAGUCUCAAAAAGAGUCAGAGCGAAAGACAUUCUUUGCUCGUAAACCGCAUGCCGGACACAAGAAGAGAAAAGUCGACGAUGAAAUGGUAACGAUCAACGUGGGAGUAAUGAAGGAGAAGGGUGUGAUCAAACGAGGAGAAACCUUGCCCUUGAAGGUUCCAUCAACAGCAUCUGCCGAAGACAUUCGCCUCGCUGCAGUAAAGAAACAUACUCUGUUCAACAGCAGGUUUAUUCAUUCACAAUCUGAGUACAUUCUGGCCUUCAAGGACGGCAGUGAAGUUAAACACAUCCCUGGCGUAGGUCCUGAGGAACCCUUUACUUUGAGGAGGUAUAAGGAAGAGUCUGGAUUUGGAUAUGCACGAAUAACUCUGUAUCUCUUACCUGAAGGAGAUAUAUUUGAAGAUCUUCGACGAUAUGUUGAUGAAGAGGACGAUUUGUUGUGUGAUGGUGCCUCCAAAGAUUCCAGUGAUGAUGAAGAUUUCAUUAAGCCUGCAUUAAAACCGUCAUUGUACCCUGUUCCACUAAAAAGGCAGAGUUUUAGUUCAGGAAGGGGAAAAAGCACUGCAGCAGCCCCGUCAACAUCUUCAGUUGGGGACGAUUGCUUUCUGGUCAACUGCCCUACCUGCUGGGGCACGUUUCCCAUCAGUGCAAUUGAGGAGCAUGCAGAUAGGUGUGCUCAGUCUGUAGAAGAACUUCCAGAUCCACACCCACUUAAUUCGUCAUGUUCCAGGUCAACAGGUUUGUGGUGCUUGUAUGAUAAGUUAUAUUGCAUUUUUGGCACAAUGUAGAUGCACGAUUUAGCUGUAGAUGAACUUGUUUUCUCGAUCUAGUAAGUUUUAAUUUAUGUGGGAGUUCAAGUUUUCAAUGUGAUUAAGUAAUAUAUGCAGAUCAAAGUUUAUAUGCAAGUAUAUGCUUAGAAAUUAUUGGCAAGCUAAAAGAUAAAUUGUUCUAUGAUCAUAAGGAGUGUGGUUGUUGUUAAAGCAGUGUAAAUGUUCAAAAAUUGCCUAUGUGGUUAAUUAGACAGUGAGUAAGCAUAAGGCUGUAGCUUGCUUAACUUCUAAUGACCCAGUCCUGCUUGAGGAAAAAAGUAUUGUCUAUGUACUUUCAAACUACCACCUUUUGCAUUUGGAGGGGGAGGGGCAGGUAAACAGAUUUUUCUAAGAUAUUGUAUCUCUCUUUUCAUUUUGUGCUUUAAGCUGUUGUGCAAGAGAAAGGAAUGCUGAAAGACCAAAUCGGUGGUUUCUUGGUGUUGCGGACACCAAUGACGUAAUACAAAAGAUUGAAAAGACGCUGAACAAUACCCACACCACAACACAAAAGCUAACAAACAAUAGUUUCCGCAACACCAAGAAACACCCACCAAAUCUGUAAUCUCGCAGCAAAUGUACAGCAAGAGGAAAUAAGGGUCACUGUCCGAAGAAAUCACCUGUGGUCAGAUUUUAGCAGAGCUCGCAGUGAUUACUACUCUCCCUUGAACACCAUCAAAAUUACUUUUAGUGGCGAACCAGCAAUUGAUGAUGGUGGACCAAAGCGUGAGUUCUUUUCAGGUGGGCAAGUUCAAUUUCUAGGGAUU